GGCAACAUCUGAAAUAGCUACUCGUCCUGAAUAGGCAGGUGGAGAAUAUUAGUUACACGUGGGACAAAUCCCAUUAUGAGACAUCAUCACAACAAGAAUAUUUCAUUCUAGAUUUUAGAAUCCCAGGUUUUGGCUCACUUUGGUCAAGAAAAAUUAUAAAUAAUUGAGUUAGAGAUAAUUAAAUGUUAGCCUCCUGGAGUGCAUGGCAAUUGGUUUUGACCUCUAUAUUAAAAUUCACAAGACCACGGACAUAAGUCAAAACAGGUUCCCUUCGUCUCCCUAGUCACCAUCUCCAGGGCUAAAAAACAGACUUGAAAUGGGUGGCAGUUAGACUACAGGAAACAGGAUCUACAAGCACCAGGAGCUCAUCUAUGGCUAUCUGACAUCGCCUGGGGACACCUCACUCUCUGGCAGGCUCCUGCUGGCUGGAGAUUGUUAACAUCGCCAAUCAGAUGUUAAUUGAAUGCAAAGGAAUAGGAAAUAAAUUCUGGUUCUGAAGGGGCAGCUGGAAAGGUGUUGGGCUUCUCAGAUUCCGACCUACAUUUACAAAGCAGGCCUAAAGCCAAGCAUACUCCUUGCCAGAGGAAACGGAAAGCCCCUCUCCCGUUUUUAGAAUCAGGCUGGAAAACACGGCUCCCAGAAGGUGGGGUUAGAAGACAAGAGCUUGCGAGGCGGCGCCCUGUGGUCCCUCGAGGAAAUAGGAGAGAGACAAAGAGGGCCUGCUCCUGGGAAGCCCUAAAUUCAAAGCCAAUCCUUCCUCCUAGACAUGACCACAACUUUAAAGGGCAGGGCGCACACCUCCCCUCCCGGAUCUCUAGGGCAAAGGCAGGUCGAGGGGCAGCCAAAGAGCUGCAGAGAAGAGUGACAAGGUGCCCAGCAAGCGGCGGGAUCAAAGCCUGGGUCUCUAAUUCCCAGGCUGGAGAUUCUGGGCUGCCUGCUCCUCCUGCACGGGGCGAAAAGCCCACCUGGGAUCCGAGCGGGCGGCCGCGCCACUCUCGCAGGCUCCAUACACCCGCCACUACCCGCCUGUACCACCUGCAGCCGGCAGCGCAGCCUCCUCGCGGGUCCCGCAGGGCGCGCUGCAGGUGCGCUGGGCGUCCCGAAGCCCCGCCCUCGCGUCCCUGCCCCGCGCCCAGCUCCUCACGCUCGGUGCCCGCGCCCCGCAGCGGCAGCGCAGAACGCACCGCCUCCGCCAGAGCCCGGGAAGCGCUCGGGCGAAGAGGAGGAGCCAAGGGUACCGAGCGGGUGGAGUCGGGAGCCGGGGAGCGGUGGAGGCGGAUUUCCUGGGCCCGGCCCUCUGGCGCUACCAUGGCGUUUGGCAAGAGUCACCGGGAUGCCUACGCGACCUCCGUGGGCCACCUCAUAGAAAAGGCUACAUUUGCUGGAGUUCAGACUGAAGAUUGGGGCCAGUUCAUGCACAUCUGUGACAUAAUUAACACUACCCAGGAUGGGCCAAAAGAUGCAGUGAAAGCUUUGAAGAAAAGGAUUUCCAAAAACUACAAUCAUAAAGAAAUCCAACUUACCUUGUCACUUAUUGACAUGUGUGUGCAGAACUGUGGUCCAAGUUUCCAGUCUCUGAUUGUGAAGAAGGAAUUUGUUAAAGAGAAUUUAGUUAAGCUACUGAAUCCCAGAUACAACUUGCCAUUAGACAUUCAGAAUAGAAUCUUGAAUUUCAUUAAGACUUGGUCACAGGGCUUCCCAGGAGGUGUGGAUGUAAGCGAAGUCAAAGAAGUAUACCUCGACCUGGUUAAGAAAGGCGUUCAGUUUCCUCCCUCAGAAGCAGAGGCUGAAACAGCAAGACAAGAGACUGCUCAAAUCUCAUCAAAUCCUCCAACAUCUGUCCCUACUGCACCAGCUCUUUCUUCUGUAAUUGCUCCAAAGAACUCAACGAUUACAUUGGUCCCAGAACAGAUUGGAAAACUGCACAGUGAAUUGGAUAUGGUGAAAAUGAAUGUGCGAGUGAUGUCCGCCAUAUUGAUGGAGAAUACUCCUGGGUCUGAAAACCAUGAAGACAUAGAGCUUCUGCAGAAACUCUAUAAAACAGGUCGGGAGAUGCAGGAGAGGAUCAUGGACCUGCUUGUGGUGGUGGAGAAUGAAGAUGUAACUGUUGAGCUAAUUCAGGUGAAUGAGGAUUUGAAUAAUGCUAUCCUUGGAUAUGAGAGGUUUACUAGAAACCAACAAAGGAUUUUGGAGCAAAAUAAGAACCAGAAGGAAGCCACCAAUACUACCAGUGAGCCUUCUGCCCCAUCUCAAGAUCUCCUCGACCUAAGUCCCAGUCCCCGGAUGCCUAGGGCCACUCUGGGAGAACUCAACACCAUGAAUAAUCAACUUUCAGGCUUAAAUUUCAGCCUUCCAAGUUCUGAUGUAACAAACAACUUAAAACCCAGUCUUCAUCCACAGAUGAACUUGCUAGCCUUGGAGAAUACAGAGAUACCCCCGUUUGCCCAAAGGACCAGCCAAAACCUCACCUCAAGCCACGCAUAUGAUAAUUUUCUGGAACAUUCAAAUUCAGUGUUUCUACAGCCGGUUAGUCUACAAACCAUUGCAGCAGCACCAUCAAACCAGAGUCUGCCACCUUUGCCCAGCAAUCAUCCAGCGAUGACAAAAAGUGAUCUCCAGCCACCUAAUUACUACGAGGUAAUGGAGUUUGAUCCCUUAGCUCCUGCUGUCACUACAGAACGAAAGUCUUGCUCUGUAGCCCAGGCUGGCAUGCAGUGGCACGAUCUCAGCUCACUGCAAUCUCCGCCUCCUAGGCUCCAGUGAUCCUCCGACCUCAGCUUCCUGAGUACCUGGGACUACAGAGCUAUUUAUGAAGAAAUUGAUGCUCACCAGCACAAAGGAGCUCAAAAUGAUGGUGACUGAG